UGCAUAGUUUCGGGAAAUGAGAAGGCCUAUCUACAGUACACCUCUGGUGCAUGGAAUGAUGAAAAGAUCCAUGCCAAAAUCUCCAUUUCAUACACUGCUUGCCUUUUGCUUCUGGUGCAUACACCUCCUGUGUUUGGUGGAGAGAUGCAAAGCUCAAGAUGCAACUAAUGCUACAACAGACCCAGAUGAAGUGAGAGCUCUUAAUGCCAUUUUCCAACAUUGGGGUCGUUCUGCUUCUAAUGAAUGGAACAUAAGUGGAGAGCCAUGUAACGGGAUCGCCGUUAAUUCAUCAACGAUUAGCAACCCAGGGAUCAUAUGUGAUUGCUCAUUCAACGGUGGAUCCACCUGCCACAUAACCCAAAUCAAACUGAAGGGGUUGAAUGUGAUAGGGCCAAUUCCGGAAGAGCUCCAAAACCUGACUUUCUUGACACACCUGGAUUUUACGCAAAACUACAUAACGGGUACCUUGCCAGCAUUCAUCGGCAAUUUAAGGUCCAUGCAAUACUUUACUGUUAACAUGAAUGGCUUGUCAGGCAGCAUCCCAAAAGAGCUGGGAAACCUUCAGAACGUAAUCUCCUUGGGUAUAAGCUCAAAUAACUUCUCUGGUUCGCUCCAACCUGAGCUGGGAAAUUUGACCGGUCUGCAACAACUAUAUAUGGAUAGCAGUGGGCUAAGCGGCGAGAUUCCUUCAACAUUUGCUAGCUUGAGAAACAUUCAUAUCUUGUGGGCCUCUGAUAACCAGUUCACAGGAAGGAUACCUGAUUUCAUUGGGAGUUGGAAUCUUACCAAAUUGAAUAUGCAAGGCAAUGCUUUUGAGGGUCCGAUACCAUCGAGUUUUUCCAAUUUGAUCUCACUGACUGAUUUGCGGCUCAGUGAUGUGUCUAAUGGGAGCUCAUCGUUGAAUUUUAUUGAGAAUAUGACAUCUUUAAACAACUUAGUCCUAAGAAACAAUAUGCUUUUUGGUACUAUCCCGUCUACCAUUGGAAGACACCGAUUAUUGAUGCAGAUGGAUUUGAGCUUCAACAAUUUAAGUGGACAAAUUCCAGAGUCUCUCUUCAAUAUAGGUUCACUUGUUUACUUGUUUCUUGGAAACAACAGCUUAUCCGGUACACUGCCAUCCCAAAAAAGCAAUGGACUUCUUAAUAUAGAUUUAUCAUACAAUCAAUUAUCAGGAAGAUUUCCAUCCUGGGUUUCAGAAGGCGGCUUAAACUUGAGCUUGGUGGCAAAUAAUUUCAUAUUCGAUAGUUCUAACAGCAGUGGUUUGCCUUUAAGCUUGAAUUGUCUUCAGCGAAGCUUUCCAUGCAAUAGGAACCCUCCAAUCUAUUCUUCAUUUGCGAUAAGGUGUGGUGGGCCCACAAUGAUAACUACCAACACUGAGUAUGAGGCAGACAAUGCAACUCUGGGCCCAGCAUCCUAUGAUGUCACCAACACAGAGAAGUGGGCCGUCAGUAAUGUCGGAAGGUUUAGUGAUGGCAGCAACACUAGAUAUUUCAGAUAUGAUCAGGAUGUAUUUUCGAAUACAGUAGACUUGGGGCUGUUCCAAUAUGCAAGGCUAUCACCAGGAUCGCUGAGAUAUUACGGUCUGGGGCUCGAAAACGGGAACUACACUGUAAAUCUGAAAUUUGCAGAGACGGAAUUUCCAGAUUCACAAUCAUGGCAGAGCACUGGAAAGCGCAUUUUCGACAUUUAUCUUCAGGGUAAACUGGAAUGGAAAGACUUCAAUAUAAAAAAGGAAGCAGGUUCUGUCUACAGAGCCAUUGAGAAGCAACGACAGGUUAUGGUAUCCCAAAACGUACUUGAAAUUCAUCUCCUUUGGGCUGGAAAGGGAACUUGCUGUAUACCUUCGCUAGGCACUUACGGACCCACCAUCUCGGCCAUCCGUGUUACUCCUAAUUUUGAACCGACUGUCAGGACUCCAGUCACUCCACAAACUUCAGGAAAGAAGAACAAGACUGCUUUGGCUGUUGGAAUUUCAGUUUCUGUAGGAGUUCUAUGCAUUGUAUUGGUUGUUGUAGUUUUUAUCCAGAAAAGGAGUCAAACAAUGAGCACUGAUGAAGACGAAGAGUUUCUUGGAAUGGGUCUCAGACCAAACACUUUCAGUUACAUGGAAUUGAAGACCGCCACCGAAGACUUCAAUUCUGAAAAUAAGCUGGGCGAGGGAGGAUUCGGGCCUGUUUUUAAGGGUAAACUGCUUGAUGGGCGGAUAGUGGCCGUGAAGCAACUCUCGGUAGUAUCUCACCAAGGAAAUAAUCAGUUUGUAGCAGAGAUUGCCACUAUAUCUGCUGUCCAACAACGGAACCUCGUGAAGUUGUAUGGAUGCUGCAUUGAGGGAGUGAAUCGGCUCCUUGUUUAUGAAUAUCUGGAAAACAAGAGCCUAGAUCAAGCACUCUUCGGAGAGAGUACCUUGCAUUUGGAUUGGCAUACCCGCUUGGAGAUAUGCUUGGGGACGGCAAGAGGUCUCGCUUACCUUCACGAGGAAUCCGGGCCUCGCAUUGUUCACAGGGAUGUCAAAGCCAGUAAUAUUCUACUUGACGCGGAUCUCAAUCCAAAGAUAUCAGAUUUUGGUUUGGCCAAGCUCUACGAUGACAAGAUGACCCACAUCAGUACACGUAUCGCAGGGACAAUCGGCUACCUUGCACCGGAGUAUGCCAUGCUUGGGCAUCUGACGGAGAAGGCUGAUGUAUUUGCAUUUGGAGUCGUUGCUCUGGAGAUUGUAAGCGGAAGGCCAAACGCAAGCCAGAACGUGGAUCCAGAGAAGAUGUAUCUCCUUGAAUGGGCUUGGUAUCUCCAUGAAAACGACCGCGCAUUGGAACUGAUAGAUCCAACACUAUCCGAAUUCAAUGAAGGAGAAGUGGCUCGGAUGAUUGGCAUUGCUCUUCUAUGCAUCCAGGCAUCACCGACGCUACGCCCGCCCAUGUCACGAGUGGUGGCCAUGCUGCUGGGAGACAUUGAAGUGGGCACGGUCUCGUCGAAGCCAGGCUACUUAACCGGUUUGCCAUCCAAUGACACAAGCAGCUUCAUGAGUGAUGAAACUUCAAGAGCGUCAACUGGUAUAAGCACCAGCAGCCAACAGUUCUCGUUGUCGAAUGCAGGUAGCUCACCACUGGGCCCCACUGAGCCGACGCUGCACAAGGUUACUGGAAAUGGACGGUGAUGAUCGCUUCCUAUCUCUCCCAACAUGCAUAAAUGUAUCUGUAUGUGUAUACAACAAUAUAUAUUUAGACACCGGGCGGUUUGGUUAUUGAUAUUUGAGACAUUGUUUCCAUUUACUUAGCUUGCUCUUAGUUUGUGGACGACUAUACGCUCGCCCAAUGCAGCAGCAUUGAGUGAUUUUGAACUAGCGUUGUUGGAAAUUUUGGAGAGGAAUAAAUAGAUUUUUUAUUUUCAAUUUUCAAA